UCAUGGAUAUUUCAUUUAUUACGUUUACAUGUUUCAAACUAAGAAGUCGACAAUUUUUGACAGUGAGUUAAUUUAUACAUUACAUAUUUUCCAAAUGUUUGCCUAUUUACUUGUGGCGCUAACAGCGCUAACUUAUGGGCUGUAUUACUAUUUCAAAACAACAUACAACUAUUGGAAAAAAAAGAAUGUGGCAGGACCGGAACCAAUGUUUUUAUUUGGUAAUCUUUUCGAAUCUGUAAUGAGGAAAAAACAUUCGGGUACGGUGUUUAAAGAGGCAUAUGAUCAGUUUCCAAAUGAGAAAGUAGUCGGUGUUUAUAGAAUGGUUACACCUAGUUUACUGAUUAAAGAUUUGGAUAUUGUAAAACAAAUUAUGAUAAAAGAUUUCGAUUUAUUUGUGGAUCGUGGUGUUGAAUUCAGUAAACAAGGGCUAGGAGCUAAUUUGUUUCACGCCGAUGGUGAUACAUGGCGAGUGUUGAGAAAUCGCUUUACCCCCUUGUUCACGUCGGGAAAGUUGAAGAAUAUGUCCUAUCUUAUGACAAAUGCAGCUGAGGAUUUCUUGAACUAUGUUGACACAUUGACGAAGGAACAACCAGUACAAGAUGUUUAUACAUUGGUUCGGACAUUUACAGUGACCAUAAUAUCUGCAUGUGCUUUUGGGCUUGACAUUGAUAUUCAUAAUGAUAAAAAACUACUGAAACGCGUAGCAACUAUUGAUAAAUUAAUAUUUGAACCGACUUACUUCUUUGAAUUGGAUAUGUUGUAUCCCGGUGUUCUAAAGAAGAUAAAUUCGUCAUUGUUUCCGAAACUUAUUUCAACGUUUUUUUAUGAAUUAGCUAGAAAUGUCAUUUUGGAUCGAAAGGGAGCCCCUAUAGGUAGAAAGGACUUUAUGGAUUUGAUCCUCGAAUUGCGUCAACAAGGAGAAAUCAAAGGAAUGAGGCGAAGCGACGAGACAGAGCUCCAAUUGGAUUUUAAUGAAGAUGUGAUCGCUGCCCAGGCUUUUAUAUUCUACGCGGCGGGCUACGAGACGAGUGCGACGACUAUGGCCUUUAUGUUGUAUGAGUUAGCUAAAAACAAAGAUGUACAGGAAAAGCUACUCGAAGAAAUAGACGAGGUUCUCAAAAAAUACGAUGGAAAAGUUACAUACGAUUGCAUUAGUGAUUUGCAUUAUAUGGAAAAAGUUUUUAAUGAAACUCUCCGACUUUAUCCAAUAGUUGACACAUUGCAAAGGCGAGCAAUGAUUGAUUACAAAGUUCCUGGGUUAGAUCUUGUAAUUGAAAAAGGGACGUUGUGUUUGAUACCACCACUGGCCAUACAUCGUGAUGCGAAACAUUAUCCUGAUCCAGAAAAAUUCGACCCUGAGAGGUUUUCCCCAGAAAAUGUGGGAAAUAGACAUCCAUGCGCACAUAUUCCUUUUGGUACGGGACCGAGGAAUUGUAUUGGCAUGCGGUUCGCAAAAGUGCAGAGCCGUAUAUGCAUCACAAGGCUGCUGAGUAAAUACCGAGUGGAGCCGACCGAUAGGACUUUAAAGAUCAUGCAGUUCAACCCUAAACGAGUGGUGAUAAGUCCGAACGGCGGGAUUCACUUGAAGUUGGUGCCCAGGGCUUGACAUAACCCCAGGACUACAACAGAACUAGAUACCAAACCAACGGCCCUUUUAAAAUUGUUGCUAACACUUUUGAUUGAUUAGGUAUAUUUAUUGUUUUUAUAAAUAUGUAGGUAUGUAUUGAUUGUACAGCGCAUGUCGAUAUCCUAUUAGUAUAUAUGUAUAGCAUUUUAACUUUUCAUAUGAUUAUUUUAUACAUAUAUGUAUUUUCAUAGCAAUAAAGAGCAUUUUUAAUGUCA